GAGGCAUUUAACGGCGAUCAACAGGUGAAAGCGCGCAGUUGGCUUAGAAGCGGCCAGCAGUAAACACACGACAGCCGGAGCAAGUGAAAGCAAACGCUAAAGCAGCGACAUUGACAUAACUGUUACAUAGUUUGAAUUUACUUUGCUGUGACCCGUUAAGUUACGCGGUAAAUUGAGUUUAUCUGCUUCGCUUUAUAAUCACAUUAGAGGUAAAACGCGGUGAAAUUAAUUAAAAGCAAAGAACCAAUAAACUAAAGAGUGCAACAAGUGUGAAUUACAGCAACAACGACAGUUACAGGGAUAUACACUGUACGGUUAAGGGGCUUAAAGAAAGUGCUUCAUCGGGUUAUCAAAGUUACAACAACACUUUUCAAAGCCAAGAUGCAUUAUCCAACCAGUGAACGGCAGUCCAGGUAUAAAUGCCUCACGACCAUUUUCCACGCCUUGCUCAUAAUCGCCGCUGUGAAUAUGAAAUUGGCUGGAGUACUCGGCGAAGAGGCGGUCACAGGCGUCGCGCUGCCUGCCGCCAACGAAGACAAACGCAAUUGGCAGGCGCUGCAAGGUCCAUGGGGUAAGCGCGCACACUACGCUGGGCCAACGUUGCCUGAAAUGAACGAGUCAGAGGACGACGAACGUUUGGUACCGCUGCUGAUCAGUAAUGGCGAACGCGACGAACCCUUCUUGAAGUUCUCCAUGAUGUACCUGACCAACGCCGGCACACUCGAUCGCUUGUUGAACGACAGACAAGACGAACAGAGUGGGCUGAGAAUAAACGAUGACCUGGUUACGUCUAUGGAAGAUAUUGAGGGGUACGGCAACAACAAUGACGACAACAACACUCCGCUGAGUGAGAAACGCGCUUGGAAUAAAAUGAAUGCUGCCUGGGGCAAGCGCCGCAACGCGCCUACUUGGAACAAAUUCCGUGGUGCAUGGGGCAAGCGCGAGCCCGGCUGGAACAAUCUCAAGGGCAUGUGGGGCAAACGCUCAUCCAAGGAUUGGGUGAAGUUGCAUGGCGGUUGGGGCAAGCGCGCCUUAAACUAAAGCAAUGCGACUGAAACCUGCUCGAUUUCGAUGGAAACCCUUCAACAGAAUGUGCAGCUAAUAUGUGUUUAACGGCGAUCAGUAAUACAAGAUGAAACCCAACAACAACAAUCUAUAACUAAUUCACAUAAAAUAUGAAAAAACGCAACAAAUGUAUACAAAGUCAUAUUAUGUAAUCAAAUUUGCCUAUUGUACAUUUUACCUUACUUCUUUAUAUGUGUGUAAAAAUAAUUAAUUAAAUAUCUCGUGUAAUAAUAUGUAAGUAAUGUGACGGGAGCUAUGUAUGUAAAUGUAAAAUACGGUCAACUAUGAGCAUCUAAAUAUACAUACAUUCACACACAUACACACAAAUAUAUACAUAUAUAUAUUUGCAACAAUUUAUAAAUGCAGGUACCAAUUAGGAUGCAACACUUUUAUGUGCAAAAAUUUGAUGAAAAGUAUUAAAGAAACCCAUGAACAGCAUUUACAAUGGCAAUCUCAAUCCGGUUUUCUAUUUGAAAUUUUUAAUACCAAAAAUGUAUGAAAGCCUUAAAUGUUCUGUGUAUGUAUAUUGUAUGUAACUGUGUAUAGUUCUCUUAAUUUAUAUUUAUAUGCUUCGAAACGAGUAUUUAAGAUUUUCUCCCCCACUUAAAAGCAAUUUCGUGCAUGAAGACAGACUCACUGAGGUAAAAGUGGAUGUGAAGUGCAGCCAACAAUUCCAGUCAAUUAAGUCUGGUUUUAUGUAUUAAUUACAAAGACAAAUUAAACAGUAUUAAAUAAAGCGUAUUGUAAAAUAUCACUUAAA